AUUUAUCUAUAAAAGAUAGUUAAUACUUACAUAUACUCAUUGUGACUUAAAAUACUCAGGGCAUGUAGAAAACUGCUAUAUUUGUGUGGAUACAUGACAAUCAGAGUUCAGACAAUGAUGUUCUCUACUACCAGUGUUUAGGAUUUUAAAACACUUUCAGUUAUAUGUUGACCAUAUGUGUAUUGUGAAUUGAUUUUUGUUUGCCUACAGUUCAUAGCAUUCAUGCACUCCAGGAUUGCUUUCAUUUCAUAGAAGUGUGCAUGAAAUUAGCAUUGCACUUAAAGGCUAAGUACUCUUUGUUCCAGUGGUAGAAAUACUGGUAGAAUAGUUUAACAAGGUCCCUUGUUUUAUGUGAGUAGUUUAAAAUCAAAACAUUGAAGUUAUUUUAUGGUCUUUUUACCCUAGCAAAAAAAUUAAAGCUAUCUGGAGUUGUAACCUCUAUCAGCAUUUGUUUUAUCACGCAAAGUCAAACAAUCCUUUGUGCUGCAACAAUGCAAAAGCUUCCACUGGAAUCAGCUGUGACAUGUCAGACGUCUGGUGAAAAACAGGUAGGAAAAUCAUUUACCAAACAGAGCCUUCUGGUGAUUUGAAUUUUGUAACAGUUUUAUAUUUAAUCAAUUCUUUUAAGAAGAAUGCAAAACAACAACAAAUAAACAUGACAACUGGUCUAUUACUGGAAUUGAUUUUUCAUUCUCUUUAAUUCCUUUUCAUAUAUUAAUAUACAAAUAUAAAUACAUGAAAAAUAUGAAAUCAAUUAAUAUGAAAAUUAUUUUGUACAAAUACAGAUCACAAUCAUCUGCAUUUAGGUGGCUUCAUGGAGUUUCUCUCCAUUACAAGGUAUGCCCCUCUGCACUAGGAUGCUCUGAGAUGGCUUAGCAGGAUAACUGCUAAAAAAAAGUGUGGGAAGAUGUUCUCUUGGGUCAGGUGGGAAAUGUGGAGCCUCGACAGAUUAGAGGUGAUUGUAACCCUUCCAUUUCCUCGGUUUGUAUGUGGAAAACAGCAUAGUCUAUAGUUGUGGUAUUCUGUUUUGUCCAGGAGCUCUCUUUGGAGAUCUGGCCUGAUAAUCACAGAGAUGAGCUGUCAACAAGAGAAGAUGGUAAAUGACUUAGAGUGAUUGUACCUGGACCCAGAACUGCACCCUCCCACUUCGGAUGGUGAGAAAUCUCUAUUCCUCAGACGAUGGUUCCUGUUGCAUGCAAAUCAUGUCCCUGUGGCUACAUAUUUAUUAGUCGAAAGCUCUUGCAUGCGAAACGUGCUGAGAGAUCGCCACCCAUUGCAGAAAACAAGAGUGAGGCCAAAAGGAGACGAACUGAGAGGGUUAAGCGAGAGAAGAUAAAUUCUGCAGUAAAUAAAGACUUAGAAAACCGAAAGAGAUCCAGGUCUAACAGCCAUUCAGAUCAUAGCAGACGAGGAAGAGGAAGACCUAAGAGUGCCUCAGCCAAAAAGCAUGAAGAAGAAAGAGAGAAACAAGAAAAAGAAGUUGACAUGUAUGCUAACCUUUCAGAUGAAAAGGCCUUCGUAUUUUCAGUGGCCUUGGCGGAGAUAAACAGAAAAAUUAUCAAUCAAAGACUUAUUUUGUAACUUGUAAGCACAAUCUGAUGCAUUUAUAUGCGGAAUGGCUAGCAUAUUUCCAACGUGUCAUGGACUCUCGGAAAGUGUGUUGUCUGCACCAAAAAGGACCAUAAUAUAUCCUGUUAAAAUUGUGCUGCUGUUCUUGGAAAUCAAAUUCUGUCUCUACAAGUCAGAAGGAAAGUGAUCUCAAGACUGGGCUAUGAAAAUCAGAAAGCAGAAGUGUUUUAUGCCUUGAAGACAAAUGCUAGACAAAUACACAGAGAGACUGCACACUUGCUAGAGCACUUCUUUUAGAUUUGCUGCCAGAAAUGCAAUAUUUUAAAUAUUUUCAGAAAGAAAUGAUUUUCUUUUAAAAUUAUAUAUUUCAGAUUUUUUCAGCUGUAUUUCAGUUUACAUAUGUACAGUUCACCUAACUUUUUAAUAAAUGGAUAUUCAAUAUUUUAUUGAACUGGAAAUGAAGUACAUUUGUGAUA